ACUUUUGUCUCCACUAACUUUGCAUUAUUGGGUUGUCAAUGGUACCACCUGCACGUUAGCUGACAAACCCAAGAACAACCUGCUACCUUCGGACGUGAUUGCAAUGAUCAAGCUAUUCAUGUCUUAAAAAACAACUACAAAAGCACGCGGAUGAUUGUACGUAUAUCACUUUCGAUUUCAAUUCAAGAAAUGGCACCAGAAUUCCAAUUUUCUGAUGCUCUCCUCGUGCGGAAACCAUUCGUCAGUAUACUGCAUGCAUCAUGGAGAUUAAAACGCGCGGUGAAUUAUUUGUCAUAUCUUUUUUUCCAAAAACACUCCCUUUAAAGAAUACAGCACCGGUUAAGUACUUGAUUAAAAUGCUAAAGUCGCGUAUUCCUUGAUCCAUUCAGUAUGAAAACUAACAUCUGGUCGAAUAUACAGAAAAGCUAUGCUUGCAAUUCCAUAAACACGAAAAAAUGUAUCAGUUUUAACGUAUUAUUAAGGAAACUGGGUCAACCUUCAGUUAAUUUAUCCGUCCACACACGCGGGAAGUCGAGCGAAAAAUCAGAAGCAAUAACGCUAAGUAACCGCAAUUGUUUCACGGCUAAAAUAGUCUUUGAGACAAAGUGUUUUCUUAUGUUAAUUGCCAUGAACACAUGUCAGUAUACGUCUUCAUCGUCAUGUUGCACAAUAAAAGUGGUUUGAGAAUGGUUUUGGGCCGGCACUCGUCAGUAACCGGGGAUAUGCUGACAUCUUGAAGAUGGCAAAACUUGUACGAACGAUGAAAAUGUACAAAAGCGUUGAACUAGCGACCGUGAACUCGUUUGAGAGACUUCCAGACGAUGUUUUGGCUCAAAUUUUAUCGUAUUUACCAAAGGUUUCCCUUGUUCGCCUCUCAAUCGUCAACUCUCGUUGGCAUCGAGUUUCGUUUGAUGCCAGCCUUUGGCGAGAUGUGUGUAUUCCUUUUGAUUUCAGACAUAACGUGCAAGACUCCACGUUGAUGAAAUUAACGGCGUGUAGCAGGAAUGUGUAUAAACUGUAUUUAGUCGAAUGCCGGAACCUUACAGACGAGUUACUGCGAUUCAUUUCAGUCCAUUGUCCAAAUUUGAAGAAACUACAACUCUGUGGUUGUGUUGAUAUUACUGACAAAGGAAUGACAGACGUCGCUCGUAGGUGCACAAGACUCCGAAAGCUUGGAAUUGCAAAAACAAAGGUUACAGAUCGAAGUCUAAACAUUCUCAUUCAAAAUAACCCCGAUUUGACAACUCUCGAGACCAGCACCCAGGCGUGUACUGUAGAUACUUUGGCAAGUUUGAGAAAUUGUAAGACAUUGAGAAAACUUAAAGUUUACGAAACUCCCGAGGAAGUUUUGGUCAAAGAUACAAGGAUUUUGUUGGAUGACAGCAUGUUCGAAGCUCUGGGAAAAUCUUGCCCGAAUUUGACUGAUUUAGUUUUAAUUUAUGAUAAUGUCGAAGCAUCAGAUUCCUCGGUUCGUGAACUCGCCCGUGGCUGUCCGCUGCUCGAGAAUAUCGAGAUUGAUAGUUGUCCUGAAGUGGGAGAUCAAGGGAUCAAAGCUUUGGUGAAGAACGGGUGCCUGGAACACCUUCAUUUGGGAGAGAGUCGAGUCAGCGAUGAAACAUUACGUGCCGUUGCAACAUACCUGCCGAAAAUACGAAGUCUCAAGCUUGAAUAUGCUGACGUCACUGAUAACGGGGUGUUCCAUCUGAUGGGCAAUUGUAAAUUUCUUGAGGAACUGAGCCUCGGUGUGAAAAUACCAGAGAAUUUGACCGACAUCACUGCUAGUAUUAUAUCAUGUCUAUCCGGGCCAUUUUUAUGUUCCCUUGAGUUCAACUCUUGUGCCAUCACUGACCGUGGUCUCGCCAUUCUUGUUACUGAUAAUUCUGUCCUGUUGACGUCUCUAAGUAUCAAGGCAUGUACGCAGAUUACUUUUGAUGGCUUGAUGAAAUGUUUAAAGCGUUGUCAAGGAUUGAGGCUGUUGGACGUCUUCUUUUCGGGACUCGUUCAAAAUGUCAUUCAGUUGAUGGACAUAGCCGAAAUUUUACCCAACCUUUGUUCUCUUGGUGCUGUGGAUGUUGAAGGCGUAAGCGAAAAAGAUCUGGAGACAUUUCAAUCGCUUUAUCCACUAUGUGAUGUGAGGUUGUGAGCUCUGUUUAGCCACAACAGCAUGUCAACGAUUCUAAAAUAUCUGGACUAUUAAGUGAAACUAGAUCUGACAAAUAUAAUCACAAUAAAUUAUGCCUGUUUAUAAAGUUAUAAUAUAUGUAUUAUUAGGGCAAUAAAUGAAGAUAUCUACUCUUUGUUGUU